CACAAGGGUCUCUUAACACCAGGGUCGUCUCGUCCAGUGGCUAAUGAAGUAGAAAAAAUAAUUUUUCUCCCAUGAGCAGCGAUUCCAACCCAGGACCUUGAACGUUGGAAGAUAAGUGCCCUACCACUGAGCUACCCCAAUCCCUGAUUAGAACAUAAAGCUUCUCAUUUUAUGGAGGGAGCUGCAGCGAGGUGGAGAAGAUGCCCUCAACGGCAGAACUGGGAACGAGAGUGUUGGUCGUGCCUUGGCUUCUAGGUUCCAAAUCUUAAACCUCGUGCCGAGACCGGAGCCAUUGAACAUCACUCAAUCAGUACCAAAAUCAUCCCAACUAUCUGACAACUGGAAACAGGUGGGUGAAAUCAUCGGAUGCUGUGACGUCAGGCUGGAAAGAAUUAUUUGGCCUGGUGGCAACAUAGGUGGUCCGUGCGGCGGGUCCCGAACGGUUCUCAAAGUUGUCACUGCGAUUGCCGCUCCCUUCGUCAUGGUUUCGGAGAGUGCACGUGGAUUGGAAGGUGGGUGCUUGAGGGGGUUCCCUUGCGACAUAGUCCAUGACAACGGAGGAGUCAGAUACACAGUAAAGGUCUCCUGCUGUUACGGCCUAGCUAUGGACCUCCUAGAGUCAGUGUCCCAGGAACUGGAGUUCGAUUUUUACCUGUACAUGGUCCCGGAUUCGACGUUUGGUACAAAGAAAGUUAACCCCGAAGACAAAUCCGAAGUUAAGUGGACAGGAGUUGUUGCAGAACUGAUGAAUGGUCAUGCUCAGAUGGCCUUUACGGCACUCAGUAUUACACGGCCAAGAGUCAAACGCACCCAAUCCUUCCAGUCUAAAGUCCUUCGUAUAAUAGUCAAUGCUCCUUAUUAUGUCACGAACAAUACCUUACAUCAUGACCUUAACAUCCAUUAUGUCCUUGAUGUUAUUCCGUUCAGAUUCUCAAAUUUUCACUUAAACUUAAUCCACCACCCUAAUCCCUUAGCCAGUUCCAGUCAUCCCUACAAUCCUCCUCGAAGGUUGAAACGGCAGUGGCCUCGAGAUCUUCUGUAA